AGAGAUUCCAUGGAAGAACAGGGUGGUGAAGUCCAACACAGAAGUUAUUGGAGAUUCAGCAAACAAGAUUUCUUACCAGAAGAAUCAUUUCAAAGCUGGGCUAACUACCGAUCUGCACUAGCACAAACGGGUUUUCGUUUCAAGGAUCGACUCAUAAGUCGAUCAGACGAUGCUAAAGAGAUUGGAGAACUCCGGAAACAAAGUGAGAAUGAUAUGAAACGAUGUCUCACUUGGUGGGAUCUCACUUGGUUUGGAUUUGGUGCAGUAAUAGGAGCUGGUAUCUUCGUGCUCACCGGCCAAGAAGCCCACAACCAUGCAGGACCUGCUAUUGUGUUGUCCUAUGUUGCUUCUGGAUUUUCAGCAAUGCUAUCUGUUUUCUGUUACACCGAAUUUGCAGUUGAAAUACCGGUGGCUGGUGGAUCAUUUGCUUAUUUGAGAAUUGAAUUAGGAGACUUUGUGGCAUUCAUAACGGCAGGAAAUAUACUUCUUGAAAGCAUCGUUAGCAGCGCAGCAGUUGCUAGAGCAUGGACUUCCUACUUCACGACUCUUUUGAAUCGUCAUCCAAAUUCUCUACGCAUCCAUACAAAUCUAAGCGAAGGCUUCAAUCUGUUGGACCCCAUUGCUGUUGGGGUUUUAGUCAUUGCUGCAACAAUCGCAAUGAUUAGCACAAGGAAAACUUCAUUACUUAACUGGAUAGCAACUCUAAUCAAUACUUCAAUAAUUUUAUUUGUGAUAAUUGCAGGGUUUGCCCAUGCAAACACUUCCAAUUUGAAACCGUUUUUGCCUUUUGGAGCUGAAGGGAUCUUUAAGGCAGCUGCCAUUAUUUACUUUGCCUAUGGAGGAUUUGACAGUAUUGCCACCAUGGCAGAAGAAACCAAAAACCCAUCAAGAGACAUACCAUUAGGACUUGUUGGAUCAAUGUCAAUUAUCACUGUGAUAUACUGCUUGAUGGCACUUUCACUAAGCAUGAUGCAGAAAUACACAGAUAUAGACACAAAUGCAGCUUACUCUCUUGCAUUUCAGAGCGUAGGGAUGAAUUGGGCAAAGUACCUGGUAGCACUUGGUGCACUGAAGGGGAUGACCACUGUUCUUCUAGUAGGGGCACUUGGACAAGCACGGUAUACUACUCAUAUUGCACGAGCCCACAUGAUUCCUCCUUGGUUUGCUCUUGUCCAUCCGAAGACUGGAACACCAAUAAAUGCCACACUUCUGAUUACCAUUUCGAGUGCUAUCAUUGCCUUUUUCUCAAGCCUGGAUAUCUUGUCAAGCUUGUUAUCACUGAGUACCCUAUUUAUCUUCAUGAUGAUGGCUGUUGCACUUCUGGUGAGGAGGUACUAUGUGCGGGAAACCACACCGCAAAUAAACCUCAUUAAGUUAGUCGCCUUUCUGCUGAUUAUUAUUGCAUCCUGCAUGGGGACUGCUGCUUACUGGGGAUUGAAGCCCAGUGGAUGGUUUGGAUAUGUCAUUACUGUUCCUCUUUGGUUCCUCGGCACUAUGGGGAUACAUAUGAUUCUACCUCAGCAGAGAAAGCCAAAGGUUUGGGGAGUUCCACUUGUUCCAUGGCUUCCGUCCUUGUCAAUUGCAACAAACAUAUUUCUCAUGGGAUCUUUGGGUUAUAAGGCUUUUGAGAGAUUCGGGAUCUGCACAAUUGUAAUGUUGCUUUAUUAUGUUUUCCUUGGUCUCCAUGCAACUUACGACAUGGCCCAUCCGCAAUAGAAACCAGAAUCGUUUGAAGAGAAGGAUGACAACAUUAAAAGAGAAGGACCUUGAGCCAUUGUUAUCCCUUACCCUGCAAUACCCAAUCUUCAUAUUAAGACACCUUCUGAAACUAAUAAUCCGAAGCACACAUCACAUUAUAACCCACUCAUCAAUAAUACUUGAUGUUUAAAGUCAGUAGACAUCCAAACCCACCAAAACUCGUAGUUGGCUUAAAGCCUUACACCAAUCAUCAGCUUUAACUGUUUCAGAUUUUUAGCAUGCUCAUAAUGAAUUGACAAAGCAUAUGUAAAAAUAUUUCAGUGUAUACAUUUUGUCAAUGAUAUAGUUCUGAUACAAGAAAA